CGGCCCCCUCCUGGCCGAUGUCACGAAAGUCUGAACGGCUCCAAAGCCGGUCGGCUCGGAGAGAUGCCCACGUCAGGCACGGAAGCCCGGCGACCGGCCCCGCAACGGCAGCCGCACGCAGCAGCGCCCGGGCAGGACGCGCCGGUGCGCACGCGCGGGGGCGGGGCUCCAGGCGCAGGCCCCGCCCACUCGGAGAGCGCUUCCGCUUCCGACGGGAGGCGGGGCUGCGGCGACCGCGGGAAAGCCGGCCCUCGGGGCCCCGGGGGGCCGCGGCUGGGAUGGCGAGCGACAAGAGACUGGUGCUGAAGCCUUGGAUUCGAGGGUUCAUCCUGGAGUCUGAACCACUCUCGAGUCCGCGAGCGGGCCUGCUGCUCGAGGUCCAGCAGGACGCCGAGUCCGACGCCCCCGGCCCGUCCAGUGCCCCUGACACGUCCGGCGUGGGAGCCUCGUUGCUUGUGUCGGACGGGUUUCACAGUGUCCGGUGCCUGGUGACGCCGGAGGCCCUGCAAGCCACAGACUGGGAGGAGAAGGAGUUCGGGUUCCGCGGCACCGAAGGCAGGUUGCUGCUGCUGCGGGACUGCGAGGUCCGCGUCCACGUCUUCGAGAGCAGCUUGUCCGCUGAGUUCUACCUCCAGGUGAACCGUUUCAGCCUGCUGCCCUACUCGCAGUGCCGGGAAUGGGUACUCAGCUGUAACCAGGACCCGGAAGUGCGGAAAAAGCUCUAUGACUGCCUAGAGGAACACCUUUCAGAGUCUACCACCCCCAGUUCAGGCUUUUCCCUGACCCAGCUUCUGAAUGAGGUGGAGGAGGACCAGGAGCAAGGCAGAGCGUUAGUGCGCCUCGCCGAAAGCUGUCUGAUGCCCUCCAGCUGCAGCACCAAGCCCAGCCUCACCCGCUGGGCUUCCUUGCGCCUCAGUACUGCGGGCGAAGCUGUGUACACUGUCCCCAGUGUGCGGCUGCACAUCUCCGAGCACGACCAGCAGAUCCUGAACACGCUGAACUUGGGGCAGAAGGCACAUGGAACCCCGCCCUUACCUGACCACGUGCUGACAGAGGAAAGUGGUGCCAGUCUGAGCCUCCUGCCUGCCGUGACCCCAGCCGCUCCAGCUCCCGAGGAGAGCAGCUCCCAGCCACGGCCGGUCACAUGUUCAACCCCGGCUCCCCUGCCCCCCAGCUCUCCACCUCCAAGCCGUGUAACCAACUCCCCACUCUUGAGCAAUACCCCAAGUUUGUCACCCCUUAGCCAUAUGGGGGUCAAUCCACAACUGGCCCGGGUGACCAGGCCCCAGAAAACUAGCCUGCAUUUCAAGGAAUUUGGAUUGCCCCCCAAGACCGCUCAACCCUCUGCAAGGCCAGGAACCCCCCAGGGAGACUCGGAGCCCAGCAUGGAGUGGAACCCUCCAAAGAGGCACCGUGAUGGUUCUGCUUUCCAGUACACGUAUGAGCCUCCCUGCGCCUCCGUCUGUGCCCAGGUCCAGGCCACGAGGCUUCCUUCCAGGUUCCUGUCCUGGGCCUUGUUCUUUCUGAUGGAGUCCCGAGUGGAGACCGAGCAAACCAAGGUGUGACGGGUCGUGGGGGUGUGUGGACAGACAGCACUCCACGCGACUUCCUUUGAGUUUUUUAAUAAAAUAAUCUCAUGCGGCAGGAAAGGCUCGG